AUGGAGCGGAGCAUUUCGGGUUUAUCCGUAGCGUCGUCCGUGCUCAUCUUGUGGGGAACUAAUGGCGAAAUACUCCAAGCAGCAUCUGAGAGACAGCUUCCAAUGGGUCAUCAAUUGAGCAGGCCACCAACUGACGUCGUUGCCAGCCGCAAAAGCCAACUUUCCCACAAUACAAAGAGCAAAUCAAAGUCAAGCCAAUAUCAGCGACGCAGCCAAGCAGCAGCUGAGUUAGAACUGCAGCGGGAGCAGCAGCAGAGGGAGCGGCAGCGGGAGCAAGCGAGGUAUAGCUUGCAGAUUGCGGAAGCAGGCGAGGCGGCGACGAGCACGGGAACCGUUGAGGAGGUGCGACAGAUAAUAAUUAAAAUACGAUUGGCCGAAAUGCAGAUUGGCAAUGGCAAUGCAACGGAUGAAGAGCAGGAGCAGCAAUUACAGCUGGAGCAUCAGCCACAACAGGAGCUGGCAUUAGUUGAGGGCGCCGCAGCGUCUGCGGCAACGACGGUAGCGGACACGCUCAAUGCAAAUGAACAAAUUGUGAAUGUGACGUUGGGUGCGGCAAUAGCAGGAGGAGCAGCAGCAACGGCGGGAGGCAAUGGAACGGGGGCGGGUCCCAAACCCACAUCGGGGGCAGGUGCUGCGUUACGAACUGCGGGCAGUUCAACGGAAGCGCCAAAAACAAACAUCGAAAGACAGCUCGUCGUUGUGAAUAACAACAAUUUAGCGGGAAGCGUUGCGUCGGCGUCGGCUGCGGUCAAAACGCUACAAUUGCACGAAGUUAACGACGACGCCAUCGACGACGACGACGACGAUGAUGAGUCGGAAAUAGCAACAUCGUCGUUGCUGCGUCGGCGUCGCAGCAGCAGCGCCGAAGGCGUCGAGUACUGCGAGGUGCUCGAACCGCCGCCAGUCAACGAAAUGCUGUCGAGUGAAGCACAACGCCGUGCGCAAGCAUUAAACAGCGGCAACAGCUGCUGUCGCAAUCGGAGCAGUCGGAGCAGCAAAACCAACUCAUUAAACACAAUGACAACUUCCCUGCCAGAAGCAGCAGCCAACGCAGCCACAGGAGGCAGCACAUCCAAGCGACGCUGUUGCAAAUGCAAAUGCAUCGAUGCCUUGCGCGGGCUGCGCGGCAUGAUGGAGUUCAGCAACAGCAAUUCCAAUGCAAAUGCUGCUGCCAUCAAGGACAAAAAGGAAUCAACGCGCAGCUCAAAGACACGCAGCAGCGCCGACAGACGUUCAACGCCGCCCACGCUCAGCGCAGGCACAGCUGCGUCAACGGGAGCAGCAGCUUCACGUCGACCGAUGCAAAGGCAGCGCAACUCUGUCGCUGUGGCAGAACCCAGCCAAUUGGCCAUUUGGGCAAGGCCCGCCAAUGCUCAUGGGGAUGUCAUCAUACGCAUCAGUUCACAGCCGCAGCCACAGUUUGUGAUGGAGACGCAGGCGCCCAACAGUUGCACGGUGUGCACUAGCAGCAAUAGCAACAGCAACACCGCAACGCCACUGGUCACCAUGGUGGUGGCGGCUCCUCCGCCAGCAACGCCAGCGCCUCCAGCAGAUGCGGCCAAUGUGUUGCCUCCCAUGCCCAUUGAGGCUCCUCGCCCUGUUUCCGUUGCUGCAAGUGGACCUUAUGGCGUGGGCGUGACGGUGCAUUCACAGAUUGAUUUUAUGCAUUGUCUGGUACCAGAUCUGGAGAAGAUUAUCAAUAGUAAUUUCUAUUUUGGCAAAAUGGAUCGCUAUGAGGCCGAGCGUCUGCUCGAGGGCAAACCGGAGGGCACAUUCCUGCUGCGCGAUUCGGCCCAGGAGGAGUUCCUAUUCUCGGUCACAUUCCGCAAAUAUGGAAGAUCACUGCAUGCGCGCAUCGAGCAGAGCGGCCACAAGUUUAGCUUUGAUUGCCAUGAUCCUUGCGUGUUCUCCGCCUUGACGGUCACCGGUCUGCUGGAGCACUACAAGGAUCCGUCGUGCGUAAUGUUCUUCGAACCGUGCCUGACCAUGCCGCUGCAUCGUCGUCAGACCUUCUCGCUGCAGCAACUGGCACGUGCCACCAUUGUCUCCAAUACCACCUACGAUGGCAUCAAUCAGCUGGAGCUGCCGGGUCAGCUGAAGAGCUAUCUGAAGGAAUACCACUACAAGCAGAAGCUGCGCGUCAAGCCCUGCGAUGCCCACACACCAACGCCGUACUAUGCUAACAUAUAGUCCGCGG